AUGGUGGAAUUGGAAGAAGUGCAGGAUUCCAAUGCACAAAUCACCGAAAGGUUUCCACCGGGCAUGGUAGCGGUAUUUGCCGGUGCCACGAGAGGCAUAGGCAAGGCCACUAUGCUUGAGUUUGCGAAGCAUAUGCGCCAGCCGCGUAUUUAUUUGUUAGCUCGGUCGGAGGACACGACACAGCCUGUGUUGGAUGAGCUGCAUGAGGUCAAUCCUGAUGGUGAGUAUUACUAUGUUGAAGCCGACUUGUCCUUGAUCAACAUGGUUGAUGCUGCAUGCCGUCGCGUUCGAGAAAACGAGAAAGCCAUCAAUGUGCUCUUCAUGAGCCAAGGCACACUGGACUUUACGUCGCGUACAAGGGAGGGUCUGCGCACUAUGUGGGCGCUUUCGUACUUCUCACGCAUGCGCCUCAUCAGCAAUCUUUUGGAUCACUUGCGUCGUGGCGAGAGUCUGCGCCGUGUUGUUUGUGUCAUGGCCGGUUCAAGAGAGGGGCCCAUUGAUCCAAACGAUGUGAGUGGACGCAAGGUGCCUAUCCGCCAGGCUCGUGGGCAUCUAAGCUCGUGCAUCACUUUUGGUUUGGAGCACUUUGCCGAAAUGGCACCGGAAGUGAGCUUUAUACACGAUCAUCCUGGUUCGGUGCCGACCAAGCCGACCCGUGCCCUACCUCCGGGCAUGGCGUCAUUUGCUGUCUCGUUAUCUAUGGCGUCUGGCCGCAAAAUCUCGCUUGAAGAAAGUGCGGAGCGUCAUCUUUUCUUAACCACGAGCUCGCGCUAUCCGCCGAUCUCGGUAGAAGACCGACCGCUGGCUCGUGGCGUGCCGCUCUCGGCGGGCCUACGCGUGGCUUUGUCGUCCACAGCCCGUGUGGCUGGUGGUGUGUACACCGUCAACUCAGACUGCGUCAGUGCGGACUACAACACGUUAGAACUGCUGAGGACGAUGCGCGAACAAAACAUCCCGGCCGCACUAUGGGAGUGGACCCAAGAGGAGAUAGACCGAGUCGAGGUCAUUAUACCUGAUCCACCCACACCCAAGGAGCAGCCCAAGCCCUUGGCUAUGGAGCCUGAGGAAAUGCUCUUCCUUCCUCGUCCGAUGCCAGACGGCACCUAUCCAUUACCUGAUCCCGUGAGUGCCACGCGCCCGCCUGUUACGACGCCUGAGCCGCCCGAGCCACUUGACCAGCCAGCACCAGAGUUGGUGCAAGACCAGGCAGCGAUGUUCCUCCCGCAAGUACGACCUGAUGGCACGUACCCUCUGCCCGAUCGUGUGAGACCCACUCGUUUGACCACGCCUGAGCCGCCCGAGCCACUGGCGCAGCCACAUCCUGAGAUGCUGCCAAAUGCCCAUGCCAUGUUCCUUCCAGAGGUGCUACCGGAUGGAACGUACCCACUACCGGCAAAGGUACGACCCACGCGUCUUCCGAUUCCCAGCCCAGAGCCAGAGCCGGAGCUCAAGCCGGAGCCCAAGCCGGAGCCGGCACCAGAGCGAAGCGCGACGUCGGAGAGCCACGAAGCUGCUCGUGCGUCUCAGGACGAGUCUCGGCGCAGGUCAUUCUUGCCCAUGUUUGUCAAGCGUCUCCAGCCCAAGCCUUUCCGCCCCUUUAAAAGGCAGGGGCGUACAGAUGGCGCGGAUGAUACGAGUAUGGCGGAGACGGUGCCUGAGAGAGUCUCUCAAAGUGCGUCCGAGGCUGUCCCUGAGACAGCAGCGCCUGGCACCUCUAGCCAUUCUGUUGUUCCGCUGUCGGCACCUGUACUUCGUCCUGAAGUGAAUGAAGCGCAAACUGCGAAGGCAGCAGAGCAUGCUCAGCCCAACACGGUCGUCAGCCACCCCGCCACCGCACUAAACCAUGCGUCUGCCAGUGGCUUUGAGCCAUCUGUGAAUGCCACACAAGCGGCGCCUCAGUCGCCCACGGCGCAGGACAUUAUUCAGUCGUACCAAUCAUAG